AUGGAUAUGGGAGAUACAUCAGAUAGUAGCACCUCAAAAUCCUAUGCCAUCUCUCCUUUAACUCAAGGCUCAUCUCCUGACAUCCAUACUCUCAUGCCAUAUUCAUCUCCAACUCCUAGUGUAAGCCCUGAACCGAAACUAAUUGAGGAGGUACCUGAAACUGCAACAAAAGUGGCUCCAGAUGAUGCUCAAAACAAAUCCUCAAUGGCCACCAUGGGUCCAUCUCAAAUACUACCUCGUAUUUUCAGAAAAUUUACAUCACCAAUUUGGAAUCACUUCGAGAAGGUGACAGUGAAUGGUGAAGAGAAAGCAAAAUGUGUGCAUUGUAGCCGAUAUUACUAUGCCAAAGGCAAAAAUGGUACCUCUCAUCUGAAAGAUCAUAUUGAACUAAGGUUCAGUAGAAAGCAUAGUGCACAUGUUGAUUUGAGCCAAAAACUAUUGUGUAUCAAUCGUAAACAAAAUUCAACAUCACAACUUGAGAACCAUGUGUUUUCUCAAGAGGCAUCACGAAAGGAGCUCGUUAACAUGGUUAUUCUACAUGAAUAUCCAUUGUUGAUCAUAUUGGGUUUCGAAGAUUCGUCAAUAGCUUGA